GAGCUCUUUAAACGCAGAAGAUGCUGAGUCUGCUCCUCAGAGCGUCACACACUGAACACAGCUCUGCUCCUCCUGCUGCUGCUGCUCGCUCUGGUACUGGUUCUGGUUCUUUGUUUUGGUUUCUGCUCCUCACUCGCUCAUCCUCUCACGCUCUCAUCUCCUCGGAACAUGGACUCCGGGUCGCUGUGAACCGAAACUCCAGCUCACGCACAGUUCCCGGGGAUCAUCAGGCUCACUAUGAUGUCCUCUUACUAUCAUCCCACCAAGGAGGCGGAGAUGGCGGCCAUGACGGAGCCGCUCUGCCUGGAGAGAGGUACCGAACCAGCUGACCCGGUUCGCUGCGACCCAUUAAAUCUGAAUUUGUGUGUUUGACAUGCGCAGUCGGCUCUCCACUAAACAGAAUUAUGAAUGAGUAUCGAGAGGUUUUGUGUCAGACUCGAACAUCAGGGGCUGUCGCAGUUUUUUCUGCAGAUGUGUAAACGGCUCGGCCUGUCGCGCGACCAACAGCGCGUGUCCGGUCGGGUCCUCUCGUGCUCUCCGUUCAGACUGAUCCGGUUAUUAAUAACGUCCUGCUGGGAAGCACGCGGGCUGUUGUCCGUAAGAAGGCUCACGGGUAAUCCCGCACAGAGGUGGAGACGUGCGGGCCUGCAGACAUGCACAGGUGCUCCUAGGACCGGGGUUUAGAUAUGAACACAGGAGCAGACCUGCAGUUAGGAUCUGCUGCAAAUUAUACAAUAAAUAUGACAGGGAUUUAAUGCAAAGGUGGGAUUAAAUUUAGUGCAUUUAAAGGAAACGUGCAAUUUAACACAGAUUAUAAAUCCUGCAGCAGAAUAAUGAGCAGAAUCAGUAAUACUUCAAUAAUCUCCAGGGGGAAUUUUCUUUUUGUUACAGGAAAGAGGAGAUAAAUAAGUAGAUAAAGAAAUAAUCAAAUAAGCAAUAUGUAUACAGUUUUACAAUGUACAAGUAUGUACGCUACAUACAACACAAAAUAGUGGUGCAGGCAAAAAACAUGACCCCAGUGAUUUGACACCUGCAGGACCAAAUCUGUGUUAUUUUACUGUCACAAACUUUGCAAAUGUAUGAGUUUAAAAAUGUGAAAAAGGCAAAAAAACAUGAAAAAUAACAUAACAUGACAAUAAAGUGUAUUUAUACUUUUAUUUAGAGUUCAUCAAUAUUUCUGUUUAAUGAAGUUUAAUAUAAAGAAUCUGUAAAAGUUAUUUAAAACAUGCAGCUGAAAAUGAAAGUGAAGCAGCAGGUUCUUUUGUGCAAAAAACAAAAAUAAGAGAUUCCAGUUCAGUAAUAAUCCCAGGCUGCAGAUUUAGAGGUUAGUAAGACUUAGUGAAAGGGAUAUUCUGGCGUAAGAUUAAUUUAGGGUCAAACACACCAUAACACUGAGUUAGACCCCCCCUCCAUAGAUGAAUGUUGCUGACCGCUUGCUUCUCUAGUUAUACCAACUUUAGUAACGACCGCACGAUAGCAAUACAGAGCGGUCUGAGGAGCCAUAAACAAACCUCGACCAAAACGCCACUCUAUAGCCACAAAUAAUGCUCAGAACAGCUCUUAACUUCAUCAACAGGACAUAUAGGGUCACAGACAUAGUACUAGACACCAAACAUCUUUUUAACUUUGACUCAUUUCUUUAGCAAAGAGACUAAACACAACUCACCUACUCUCUUCCAGCAGCUGCUUGUUUGUAGCGAGACCUCAGGCCAGUCCAUUACGGACUACUGCGGGGUGUCGCAGCUCAAGGAAGAACAUUUAUGAUCAUUUCUUUAUCAUUGAAGUAGUAAUCACCAUAUUAGUCAUUUUGUAGACGUGGUAGUUCUUAAACAUCUCGGUCUGAUUACAUUUUUAUGAACAAGCAGAGCAGAGAUGUUAAAACUGGGGUAAUAAUGUGUUUGGUAGAGGGUCGUUCCAGUCAAACUAAACCUACUUAAAAUAAAAGCAAAGAUGAGCCUCUUUUGGUCCUUCUGGGACACCAACAGCCUGAUUGUAUUUUGGUUUUUAAGUUGAUAAAAUGAUGUUUUCCAAGACAACAAAACAGCUGAUUUUUUUGUGUUCUCUUGCAGCCAAAAUAUUAACCGCCUCCAUUUCAACCAGUUGAAGUAUUUGUUAAAGUUUUCAGGGAGAAUGUCAAACAUUUAGUUUGAGUUAUGACCCCUCUUGGAAACCUCGCCUGAGGCCUGUUCAAGCUGGAAGAGCGAGGCGUUCAUCGUUCAGGCCUGUGUCGACUGAAUCUGAAGUGAUAGACUGUCACAGUGAGCCGUGUCCCUGAAGAUCCUCUGAGCCGACUGUGCUUUGUACUGGCCUUGUCUGUGUUUGUGUGCUCCUGUUUAAUGUGUGUGUGUGUGUCAGAUGUGUGCAGGGUGAUUGAGCUCCUGGACCGGCUGCAGCGGAGCGGCGAGCUGCCUCCUCCCAAACUGCAGGCGCUGCAGAGAGUCCUGCAGAGCAAGUUCUGCGCUGCUAUCAGAGAGGUUUGCACACACUCAUGCACGCGCAACAGGAUGUGUGUUUCUGCAUGCACGGAAUAUUUACAUAGUUUUUGAAUGCACUGUUUGUUGUUUAGUCUUCUGUGCAGCUAGAGUGUAUUGUGGCCCUUAAACACUAGAUAGUAAACGUGGUGAUUGUGUGUUUGAUAUGUCAUUUUUCUGCAGGUGUACGAGCAGCUGUACGACACUCUGGACAUCGUUGGAGGACCAGAGGUUCGUGCUCAGGCUACAGCAAAGGUAUCCCAGGCUUUUUUGAUCACUUACUUUAGAGUCACUGAGCUGAGUUUUAAUUGCACAAGCAGAGCAACGAGUGGGUUGUCUAUGUACUUCAGAGGUGUGGUACAUGAUUCCCUAAUGGGCAGAAUUUGGCAGGAAGAAAUCAUGAAAUGAGAGCAGAGAUCCCAAAACUCUGUGAACAUCAGAGAGACUCGAUUCUGACAGCUGAGAGGUUGAAAGGAAUAUUAAUGGAUCCCGGCCACCACUCCCAGAAGCUUUGCAGUCCCCCUGCACGACUCUCUGUCUGUCUUCUUGCAUCAACAGCCCCUCAAAAUGUGAUUUCUUCAUCUUCUUUAUCCUCCUCCUCAGUAACAGUGAUCAUCUCCCCAGACUUGCUGCUCUGACUUUAGGGCUUUGGCACUUUCAUGGUCAGUCCGUUCUUCCGUCGGACCGAAAGACGAAAAUAAAUCCAGGACGCUCAGGAUUAAUGAGGGCCGCUAAUCUGAUGUCCGCAGCAUAAACAGGCAGAUUACCGAGUUAUAAUUAACAGACCAAAACAACAGCCAAUCACUGUCUGACGUCUGCUGUGUGUUUUCUAUGAGCUCAGACUCUAAAUCAGGACCAACAAUGUCCAGACUGCUUUACAGAUCACAGAUUAUGUGUGAAAAAUUCAGUGUUUUUGCAGAUUAGGGUGAUUUAUUUUCCAAAUCAUAACGUCCCCUCCUCCUCCACAGGCCACAGUGGCAGCCUUCGCAGCCAGCGAAGGCCACGCCCACCCGAGGGUGGUGGAGCUGCCCAAGACGGAUGAGGGUCUGGGCUUCAACAUCAUGGGGGGCAAAGAGCAGAACUCCCCCAUCUACAUUUCCAGAGUGAUCCCGGGGGGCGUGGCCGACCGCCAGGGAGGACUGAAGAGAGGAGACCAGCUGCUGUCCGUCAACGGGGUGGUAAGAGGCUCCGCCUGCUCACUCCGUAACUGUACAUGUACGAGACAGAAACUUAGUCAGUGUCAGUGGAUGACCUACACAUCUUCAGCUGCAGAGAAAACCCAAAGAGGAGAUGCAAAUCAGAGGAAAAUUCAUAGCAUAAGCCGCUAAAAAGAAAAAAGAGAAUAUUUCCAGAAUUAAAGAUUUAGAAAAAGAGAUAAAAGAUGAGGAAUUAGACCUGUCAAAACACUUUACAAUGGGAAAUUUCAAGAACUCUGCAAGCUUAAAUGUUCCUUACAUGGAUCAUCAGGAAGAAAAAUGUGCACUUUAUAGAUUGAAAACAAACUUUUAAAAAAGGAGAUGCAAACAGAGGUUCACGAUGUGGUCCCAGAAUUAUCCUGUUAACACUGCUGCACUUCUGAGCGACACAUUUCACCUGAAAAACUCCCAGGGAAAAGUCAGAAGCAGUGUUCACUUUGUGUCGAACAGAUUUAAGAACCACAAGUUUGAGCGAUCCUCCUGCAAUAUUAAAAGCCUUUAUAAAUACUGUGUGCCAGUAUUACAGAGGGUGUUCAGGAGAUGUGCAAUCAGCUACAGACACUGAAAAACUAACAGUUUCACCCAAACAAGACCUACAAAAACAGCAAAAGCAUCCAAACCAGAAGCUAAAAAAUGCAAAUCACUGGACAUGUGUGUAUAAUCUAAAUAGUCUGAAUAACUGCACACUGUACUGACACAAAUGGACAUGAGAGGUCUUUAAACAAGAAUUUAAAAUGUAGAACAAUGAAACUUUAAACAGGCAGUUAAGAGUGCAGUUAGCUGAUAAAAUUGAGACAUUCACAUGUGUGCGCUGACAUUUAUCACCUUAUAAUGAGUUGAAAUUGAGUUGAAAUCGUCACCAAGUCCCUGAGAACCUUUUUUACUCACUGUUUGCUGUUUUUGGAGAGUCAUAUUGUCAUCCUGGUCUAUAAUUUUACAGACACACACUUUAUUUCUCAUAUUAAAGUGAUUUUUUAAAGCUGGGCUGGAGUGCAGCAGUUUGUUGAAAUUGAAACUCCUCAUAAAAGACCAAAACUGAACCUGAGCAGAUCUGUUUUUUUGUUCUAUCAUGUCAGAAUAUUCGUCUUGUCACACCAAAGCAAAAGUCUUUUCAGUAUUUUUACUACAAACCAAAUUACAGCAGCUCGUCAGCAUGUAACAGAAGCACUUUGGUGUAGAGUCUUUAUGAAAAUGUCCAGAGGAGUCCUCUGAUCUGGGUCCCCUCUCUGCUGGUCUCUGUGAUCAUCACUCGGUCUGGAGCUCUCCAGGACACAGCGUGACGCCGUCUGUCUUGUCUGUGUCCCUGCAGAGCGUGGAGGGCGAGCACCACGAGAAGGCCGUGGAGCUGCUGAAGGCGGCGCAGGGCUCGGUGAAGCUGGUGGUCCGUUACACCCCCAAGGUCCUGGAGGAGAUGGAGGCCCGCUUUGAGAAGAUGAGGAGCGCCCGCAGACGACAGCAGCACACCAGCUACUCGUGAGGAUGAACACGAUCGCUGUUGAAUAUUUUUGUGUCUGCAGGGAUUUAACACUCAGAACUCCCACGUGACACCAUUCAUAUUUACAGUUUCUCAGGAUCUAUACCGCGUAUCUCUACGGAAUAAAAAGUGUUCAAAAGUUCACCCUUUUGGUGAUCUAUCAAGGGUUUCUAGACAUUUCUACACCUGCCACAAGGUUUACAAUCCAGCCACAAAAAUAGGUGUUUGAGGAUUUUAGAUUUAUUUUUAAAUAAAUAAAUAAAUUAAUAUAUAAAUAAAUAAAAAACAGGCAGACCAAAAAUAGUAGAAUAUAACUGGGAGUUUAAGGGUCAAUCCAGAAUGAUUUCAGGACCAUGGAUAGCUCAGCCAAGUCAUGUGUCCCAAAGCAGCCAAUAAAAACUCGGUUCUUUCCACCUUCACCGCCACAAAGUGUCUGAUGAAUUUGAACUUUAUUUUGUGUAUUUUUAGGAGUUUCCCAUCAUGCAUUGUAACCCCCUCUGUGUUCCUUCACAGGUCUCUGGAGUCCAGGGGCUGAUCCUCCAUCUCUUCAUCCUCCCCUCCUCCUCCUCCUCCUCCUCCUCCUCCUCCCGCUCUCUGUUCCUUUGGGAGGAGAGACCGUAGAUGAGAAGCAAAAACCAAAGUAGCCUACCAACACGUGUUACCUGAACUUCCUCAUGAGGCCCCGCCCCUUCUUCCUGUUUCCUGUUUCUUAGAGAUUCGGAGUGAAGCUGCUUGUUGUCAGACGUGCCUGUGUGUUAUAAUCCUCAGCAUCCUCUUACUAAAGGGCAACUUAUUAUCUAAAUGUGAUCUGGAUGAAAUUCUCAGUGUUUCUAUCGUCAUUAUUGUCAUGUGGGUCACUGCGUCCCUCAGCAGUGUCUGCAGGUUUUAACCUCACUGCUGCUCCUCUAUCUCCUGUCCCAGCUGGAGGGCUGACCAUUAGCAUCAGGAAGAGCUAAACUGUCAUCAUCUUAGUGACAUGUUUUUAUUCAUGUAUUUGUAUUUAUUUAUUACAUAUAUAUUCAUGAAAUAAAGUCAAACUGUGCAGGUUGA